AAGAUAGCACACAUAACAUGUCCACUGCAUUGUAUUCAUUCUCAUCCGAGACCUUAGCUGAACUUCGCAAAUUUAGAUUUGCAAGUGCUAGGGUGGAUAAGAUGCAAGCAGCAAUAUACGUCAUUGACAAAGAAUCAUAUGAAGUCAAAAGAGACGAUACUGAAAUAAUUGAUUCUGUUGAAGACUUGAUUGAAGAAUUACCAGACAACACCCCAAGGUACAUUGUUUUAUCCUACCCAUUCAAAUUGGAUGAUGGAAGAUUGAAAACACCCUUGGUUUUACUCUAUUGGAUUCCUCCUACUAGUGGACAAGAAAGCCGGAUGUUGUACGCUGGUGCAUUGGAACAAUUUAGAGAUAAAGCUGGUGUUUCUAGGUUAAUUAAAGUUGAAGAUGAGGAUGAUUUUGAAGACUUACAAGAGCAAUUGUUGUAAUGGAUUUUUAUAGAUAUUAAUAUAUAUCAGGUUAACCUGACCUUCUCAAUCUAUCAUAUUUGGCUAUUUAUUCUAUUUUUAAUCAAACCCUAGAAGAGAUCACCAAAUUCUUCUUAAGAUGUCAAUUUUACCUGUUCCUUUGGUAUAACUAGCAUUUGGAAGCAAUAACCAAAGGCAUAAAGUAACAAAAAACAUCGCAAUAAACAGUGGUAAAACCACAAAUGCCCCCGCAAAUUGAGAAAUUAACCCCACCAAAAAUGGAAGCAUGGCACCACCCGAAGAUCCAAAUGCUGUCAUUACCGUAACUGAAAUCACUGCAAUUUUUCUUGGGAUUAAAUCUUCCAGUACUAUGUAAGUAAUCAUUAACGGAUAUACUGGACCGAUCAUUAUACCUACUAAUGUUAUAGUAACUAUUUCAAUGGGUAAACUUGGAAUAACCCAUGUUAGUAAUGCAAAUAAUAUCGAUAACGCAAUAGCGAUGGAGUUCCCUCUUCUUGCUCCAAUUAACUUAUGAAUUAAUCUCGUUAAUACUAAUCUUCCAAAAGUUAACCCAAACCAAUAACCAGAAGCAACGUACCCUAUUGAAGGGUUUUUAUGGUUUCUAUAAUCUCUCAAAUAGGUAGUAAUCCACCCACCCAACGAUACUUCACCUCCUUGAUAAAAGAAUAUGAAUAACGCGGAAAACCAUGUUCUUUUGUUUGUCAAUGCUUCCUUCAUCAACCCAGUACUUUUAACUUGCAAUACUGGCUGUUGUUGCUGCUGUUCUUUCUCGUCCCAUGGAUUGAGAUCUUCUUGACCAUGAACAAAAGCAAAGUAUGUGUUUACAGUACUAAUCAAGAAUAUCCCCAAUACAACCAAAUAGUAAUAGUUCCAUUUUAGCCCAGCUUCAACAAAUGCAGUUGCAAUUAAAGGUGAAGCAGAAGCACCCAAUCCAUAGCAACCAUGGAAAUAACCAAGUGCAGUUGAAGACUUUUCCAACCUUCCAAUAAAUACAUUAUAUUGAGCUACACAAAUCCCAGCGCCCAUACCAUAAAAGAAAAACCCAAUCACUAUAAUUGGAUAAUACAGGCCAGUCAGCACUAACGUAUACAUGAUUAUGCAAGAGACACAACCCCAGAAAAUUGAUUUCCGGCCAAGCUUCUUCUGAAUCACGUCGGAAAGUAAUGCAACGAGAAUACAACCCGAUGCAUUACUCAACCAUAAUAUGGAUGCAACAGAAUAUGAAAUUCGAUAUUGAAUUUCAAUGUAGUUUAACAAAACCCCAACUGAUCCAUCAGAAAGCCCACUUCCAAAUGCCCAAAAUAGAGCAGUGAGGAGUCGAAACAUAUUUUUAGGUGGAUUUUGGAAUGUCAAUGGACCAAUUUCUUCAACUAUUGUCACUGUUUCAACUUGGGUUUUGCCAUUGGAACUGUAUAUUGGAUUGGUACGUAUUGGCUGCAAUUCAAUUGAAGUUAUUCCCCUUCGGGAAUUCGAAGCAAAUGAGUUUUUAUUCGCCAUUAAUACUUAGUGUAAGUACU